AUGGGGCAUGGAAAUGAACAUGGCCAUGGCCAUGGCCAUGGCAAAAUGGAACUCCCUGACUACAGGAUAUGGAAGGUAGAGGGUACUCCACUAGAGAAGGUCCAGGAAAGGCUGGCCAAACGGGGUCUUAGGGAUCCAUGGGCUCGUAAUGAAGCCUGGAGAUAUAUGGGUGGCUUUGCAAAACCUGUCACCUUAACAGAAGUCUUUACUAGGGGACUCAAGUGGGGAUUUGCAGCUUUCGUCGUAGCUCUUGGCAUCGAAUAUACACUGUUUCCUCCAAAGAAGAAUGGAGGCCAUCACUGAAGAUCCAAUAUGGCAA